AAAGGCUUCACCUGACCCUGUCCUGCAGUCUUCCCGAGAAUGAGGGUUUUGCUUGCUCUUGCCGCUCUUGUGGUUGUGGCUGGUGCAGCCAGUGUCUCUCUGGAGGAUCUGGAGUUCCACGCCUGGAAACAGAAGUUUGAUAAAGGUUAUGGUUCAGAGGAAGAGGAGACUCGGCGUAAGAUGAUCUGGCUGGACAAUCGUAAGCUGGUCCAGGAGCACAACAUGCUGGCUGACCAGGGCAUCAAAAGCUACAGACUUGGCCUGAACCACUUUGCAGACAUGGACGACCAGGAGUUCCAGGCCAGGAUCGGCAGCUGCCUGGGAUCCUUCAACAUGACCAAGGCCCACAGUGCACCUGCAUACAUCAGACGGGCAGGGGGUGCUGAUCCACCAAAUUAUUUAGAUUGGAGGAGUAUGGGAUACGUGACUGAAGUUAAAAACCAACAAAACCUUAACUCCUGCUGGGCCUUCAGCGCAACAGGGGCGCUAGAGGGCCAGAUGUUUCGGAAGACGGGGAGGCUGAUAUCCCUGAGCAAUCAACAGUUGGUUGACUGCUGUCAGGAUUUUCGAAAAAGGGACUAUCAAGGUUCUUACCCAGAAGAGGCCUUUAAGUAUAUCAUAUCCGCAGGAGGCCUGCAGGCAGAGUCUUCUUAUCCAUACAUAGCCCAGGUUGGGAGGUGCUGGUUUAAUCCAUGGUUUGUUGAGGCUACCUGCAGAGACUACAAAACGUUGCCCAGUGGAGAUGAGAAGACUCUGCAGUACGCCGUAGCCGAAAUCGGACCUAUUUCUGUAAUCAUAAGCAUUUCCCGCUCCUUCUCCCAGUUUUAUAAGUCAGGUGUAUAUGAUGAGUGUGGCACAAAUGACCUAUUACAUGCUGUCCUUGUUGUUGGUUAUGGCACUGACGGUUUUGGAAAGGACUACUGGCUGGUCAAGAACAGCUGGGGUGAUUGGUGGGGUGAAAGAGGCUACUUCAGAAUAGCCAGGAACAAGAAUAACCAGUGUGGUAUCGCCUCAUAUGCUGUCUUCCCUGUGGUUUAAAGAUUGGAGAGAGACAGAACCUGAAAACCCCACAGAGGAGGUUAUAGACUCAUCAGAUCACCAUUUACUUACUGAUGCAGCAAAUAAAUAAAUAAAGUUUUUUCCCUUUACAUUUUUAAACUUUUCUUUUUCAAUUGUCACCUUCUGGAGUGGUUUUAGCUUUAGUUAAACCACUACAGUGCUUCAAUCCUUUCUAUAAAAUAAGCAAUUUGUCUGUGAGUGAAAUAUUAAUGUUUCUUACUGCUAAAAAAAUCUAAUAAACUGUCAGCAUUCACGCAA